CGCUGUGACUUCGAACGCCCAGACGAAAUCCAGUGUACUGUUGUUCGAGAGGAUUUGUAGAAAGAGAAUGGGGAAAGGACUUCUUUGGCGUUUUACAGUUGGAAGCAUGGUGCUGCUGGGGAGCAUUUUGUCGACUUUGGCAGAAUCUCCAGCACAAGAAGUUGCAGUAGAAUUGGGUGAUGAUGUGCAGCUCAACUGUUCCUUUCCAGUUACUGAAGGUGUGAUUCCUAGUUUGAACUGGCAGAAACAACCAAAGAUUAUCUAUGUAAAGGAGAUAGCAGUUCAUACAGACUCAAGAAUAUCUCUAGCAGACGGAGACUGACAGUGGCAGCUAUGAGUGUACUGCAGCCAAUGGUGUCGGUUUCCCAGCUGUUAAGACUGUUAUUGUCAAUGUCCAGUUUCCACCAGAGAUAGUGUUUAUCAACAAGUCUCAGGUGCACACAGGGACAACGAGACCCCUGCUUCUGCAGUGUGGAACCAAAGGGUCACCUGUGCCAGAAAUAAAAUGGCACCUCCAUGGUGAAAGCAUUCCCACCCAUUUUCAAGUAGACACAGCUAAUGUUAACCAGCAGUACCUGUCCACACUUCGAGUGGAGUCUCUGAGGGGAACAGAUCUUGGGGAGUACAAGUGUACAGCCAAGAAUGCUUUGGGAGAGGCUGAGGCAAUUGUAAUUGUGACAGGAGAACCAGAGAAUGUGACUAUUACCAGUAACCCAGAGGGUCCCUUCUCUAAUGAGUUUACAUUGACAUGGACUAUAAAAGAAUAUGAACCAACUAUUGAAUAUAAACUCAAACUUAGGACAGUAAAUGGUACAGAGGCAGGCCCCUGGGUGAAUAGCUCCAUCCCUGCCAAGUCUGAAGAGGGCUCCAUUGAGCAGCAGCAGUCCUUCACCCUGGAGGGUUUAGAGCCCCUGAUGGUGUACCAGGUGGAACUGGUAGCCAGGAAUAAGUUCGGGGAAAGUGGAGUUGUGGAAUUUACUUUUAAAACAGCAGAAGCUGGCAAAGUCCGUCCUUCAACCACAAUGUCAACAACAACGACAACAACAAUGCCACCACCAACUACAACAACAGAGAUGUUACAGGGAAGCGGCUCGGGGAAGGAGGACACCAACCUGUAUAGUAAUAGUACUAACAUUACUGUCCAAAGUAGCUGGGAAUAUGAACUGUGGGGCUCGGGAGAGGUUGAAGCAUCAGGGGAGAUAGAUAAUAUGACUUUACCAGAGAUCUCAUCUGGAGAGGCAGAGGGAGACACCGUACCCACUUUAGUUUAUGUAAAAGAGUUUGCUGAAGUAGCUAACACAACAAACAUGGGCGAGGAAAUAAUACCAGUGACAAAGUUAGAAGAACCCAACUCAACAGCUAGUGAGCCAGGGGCUAGUACACCAGGUGGAGCCACUAAGAUGACACCAGAGGGCACCACUAUGGUACCCUUGACUUAUGGGUUUUCCAGUACUGAGGACAUACAAAAUACUACAGCCACCCCCAAGGAGCCUGGAAAAGUAAGAGAUGUGGCUUCUUCGAAAAUUGCCUCCAUUUCCAUCACCAUAGUGACUGUCACCCUAGCAACGCUAUUGUUCUCAUAACUUAUGGCCUUUGUAUCAGUUGCUAAGCAACAUUACAUAACCUUUUAGAUAAAUACAAAAACUUUGCUGCACUAAAGAUAAACUGCAUAUUCUUGGGGAAAGUAUGUUAAUGUAGAAAUGAAUAUCUUCACCAUCAAAACUUAACACUGAUUGUGUAUCCUGCAAUGGGAGAUCCAUUUUUUUAAUCCUCGCACACUGUAAAAUCUGAUAUUCAUUAAAUUUUUUCUCUGCAUUUAUUUAUUUAUUAUUUUAAAUACUUAGUUGAUGUCUUAAGUCUGUUAUUAUUUUAUUUAUUUAUUUUAUUCUAUUUUAUUUUUUUGAGGGGGGAUAACUUACAGGAGUCAGUUGAUCAGAAUUAUCAGCUCUGUUGCUGAAGAACCAUUUCAGCAAAGAGAUUUAAUGAUUAAACUAACUUGUUACUCUAUUUAUAAGAAUGGUCAAUUUAGGAAAGGUGGAAAAGGCUUUACUGCAGGCCCCUUGCACAGUUGAAGUUCAGCAUUAGCUAUAGCAGGUUUAGUAGAAUCAUUAGGUUUUUGCAUAUUUAGUUUAUGUAUGUAUUAUGGUACUGUGACUUCCCAUGCCUUGUUUUGUUUUUGUUGUGGUUUUGAUGAAUUUAGUACACAAAAUUAACAUUUUUUCAGUUUGAUUAUAUUGUAAUUUUUGUACUGCAGAAAAUGUGGUUGUAAGGAUGACAAAUUGGUUCAUCUAGAAGCUUAUGCAUUGUCUAAGUGAUCAGCGUUUUGUUGCCUAAUGUAGAUUUCUCAAAUAGUUUUUUUAAUUGAUGGUAUUACUGCAGCAGUAUAUAUGACUCAGUAGCAUCUUAAGCACUUGAUCAGUGAAAGGAAGUUUACCCACAAAGUGUAUAUUGUGUACAUCUUCCUUAAUUGUAAAUUAAUAGCAUGACUGCAGCAGUACAUAUGGCAUCAUAAUAAUUUUAGUAUUUUGUUUGAGAAAGAAGGCCGAAUCCUAGCCAUUUUCCCCUCAUAAUGUUUGUUCAUCUCCUUUCUGUUUUAUAUUUCAUUAAGCUCUGAAAAUCACUUCUUAAUAAAAGUAGAAAUGACAGGAACUUAGCCCAGGUUUUAAAAGUGUGGUUAUGUAACUUCAUUAUAAAAAAUAACCUGCCCUGAAAGGUGCUGGUGCUAUGCUUUUCAUGUAGAUAAUAUAUGGGCUGAGCAAGAUCUUUGUUAAUUUGCACACAAGCUGAUGUUUUCCACUUGUCUGCUGUCCCUGUGCAACAUUUUUUUCAAAUUUUGGUUAAUUUGCAUUCACUUUAAGUUAGAAGAUGUUAUCUGUUCUAACAUAGCCAAAAUGAAGUUCAUGAUAAAUUUUUGUCUUUUUAUCUUGUGAUUUAGCUUGAUAUUGCUCCUUGAAGUGUUUUUAGUCAUGACUUUGAAGUUAUUUUUAAAUAUAUUUCAAGAUCUUGUUUCACUUUUUUUUGUAAAGUGAUUUGUUUUGCAAUAAGCAUGCUAAAAGUAAGCUUGUUACUUAAGUGUAUAGGAAAAAGUAAUUAUUACGUUCACUCAAGGCUUGUGGUAACAUAUUAAAUUCAAACUUUUUUUUGUUCUUCUAUUUUUUGUUAUUCUAUUGUAGUUAACUUGAGUUAAAGGUUUUUUAUUUUUAUUUUAUUUAUUUAUUUUACGAAGAUGUGCAGCUUUGUGGUGGUAUUGUGCUUCAUGUUUGAAAAGAUGGACUUAAUGUCAAUGAUUUUAGAAACACUUCAAAUGCCAUGACAUGGAUAGAUAGAUAAAUUUUUCUACUACUACUAUUACUUGCAGUAAAAGUAGUACUUGUUCUCAAGGGCAGACUGCAGUCUUAAAGCCUGGUAGAGGUUAUUUUGUGUAUUUUUUUUGUUUACAUUUUAUCUUUAAAACGUUUUAUAUAAUUAUUAUUGUUAAUUUUUUACUUCGUCUUUAUUACACAGUUUUAAUCCCUGUAUGUAUGGCAUAAGUUGAUGCAUUACCAAAUGGGUCUCGCGUGCACUCUCAAGCAGAACCUGUUCUCCUUAUUUCCGUCAAAGAUUUGCUCAGUUUCUUGUUCUUGUCGCCUAGAUGAUGUAUGCAGCUGUGACAUACUCUCUGUGAGGGUAUACACUGUAGUUUUGAUUGAAGCUGUUUAACUGUUUUAUGCUUAUCAUCUAUGUUUGCAGUCUAUAGAGGAAUGAGGUUUUUUCCACUUACAGGGGAGAGAAGGGAGUUAAAAUCUAGUUGAGUAAGCAGUUAAAAUUAUUAUACAGACACACUAUGUCUGUAUAUAUUUUGAUCUUUAUCUGUCAUUGCCGUCUGACACAUCUGUUGUUCAGUAAAAAGGCAGGUUCCUUUUUAAAAUUGACGUGAUAAUUUUUUUAAAACUGAAGCUCUUCAUUUCUUCCAUGUAUCUUGGCAAUGUUUUGCUUAAUGAUAUUAAGUGUCUGUACAUUUGCCAGCUUUGCUGUCUAGAUAAAAAAACAAUCUGCCUUCAAAACAUGCCAUUUAUAUUUUAUAUGUGUAAGGUUGUAAGUGGCCAUUAAUUUCCUUUUCAAUUGUUCCCUUGUAUGAUUUAUUGGUAACUAACUUACAUUGCAUUUUAGAAAACGCCUUGUUAUAGGUUGAAGUGAACCUCAUUGCUUUAUCGAGACAUUUGAUAUCUGCUUUAUGUACUGUAAACCUUUUUAUAAUAAAUGGUUUUGAACUUAUAAAGUUAGACUUUUUACACUCAAAAAUUGCAAAAAAAAAAAAAAAAA